GAGCGAGGCAGGGCCAAGGACACAAGUGCGCGGGUGGAUCCAGCGUGGUCGAAGCGCUGGAUUGUAACAAGACGAGAAACGAACGUGGGCCGACGAGUCGCGACGCGCGAGGCGGCUCGACUUGCGUCCAAGAAUAUACGAACUGUUGCCUGGGGAUUUCUCACAUGGGGGUGGAAGCCAAGGAACACAAACGCCGGAUGCUGCUGCACUCGAUGGCAGCAUUAGCCCGGAGUAGUAUGAAUACGAACGCAGGAAGUGGCUCAACUGAACUAACGACGACUGUGGCUGUGACGACUAGCGGAGGCGACGCCGCCCUUUCUGCUAGCUUAUCAACGUUGCCAUUGCCGCGUUCCACACAACAUAACGAGUCUACAUUGGGCAAGGAAGCCCCGAGAAGCGGUCCUUGCAUCCUUCCCAGCGCUCAUCAACCACGCAUGGCUCCACUGAUGUCCCAGUUGAGAAUAUCGCAGUCUUCUCCGCGACUUGUAGGUACUUCGGUGGUCGAAAGUGGAGCUACAGUUGUAGUGGAUCAUGAUCUCGAAGUUGAAGAUGUUGAAGACGAUAACGAGAACAGUACUAAGCCGUCCAGAGGUCCAAGCGGCAGCAGAUUCGUUCCCCCAAGACGUGCAAUGAGUGCACUGGAGACUUCGAGUGAUCACACGAGCGACGAGUCCAUCAUGUACGCAGUAGCACUGCUCCGCAAACUCCAGCGACAUGCCUGUGACAGUGAACGUGGCGUGGCUGCAGUGCAACGCGAGGAGCUCGACCAGAUCCUGCACGGUUUCUCACGUGCUCUCGAGACUGUGACCUCGACUUGGGACGAACGGAGCGUUGAGAACACGAUGCAGAAGCUGUUUGACACGCACUCGAAUGUGUUUGAUGAAAGCAUGCAGAACUUUUUCAUCCAGAACUUCCUGCAUGAGUCGGAAAGCGCCAAAACCUUCCGUACUGCACUGCGUCGCACCAGCAUGUUGCGUCGCUGUCUGCUAGCAAUGUAUCAAUCUGACCAAGGGGGAAAAGACAGCAAUAGCGACGACAAAGGAACCGCUGCACGCCGGUGGGGAGAAGCAGUAGCACGAGUCAUGAAGCAAAAGGAAGAGGAACGUCGUCGCUUCUCAAUUGAAGUUUGCCCUGAAAUCACGAAUCCAUCCAUAGUACUCGCGGUGCAGAACGAGAUCGCCAACAUCAAUAACUGGAACUUUGAUGUGUUUGCGGUACGCUGCUGCUGUUGCGUCAAUGCUCUAACUUCCAUGCUGAUUGUGGUGACCUCUUUUGAUUCGCGUAGAUUGCGGCAGCAGUUCCAGGUCAAACGCUGUGCAUCGUCGGGAAUGCACUACUGGAGCAGUAUGAAUUCUGUUGUCACUUUCGAACAACCAAAACGCGCGUCCAAUCGCUGUUACGGCAGUACGUUUCAACAGUCGAUGUGCCAUGAUAUGUGGCCUGUUGCUCAUCCAUCUACAUGCGUGGUUUUGCCAACUCUUCCCAGUGUCCAACGCAGGUAUCACGCCCAUCCAUAUCACAAUGCCGAGCAUGCAGCGGACGUCGCGCAAACUUUGCACCAUUUUCUGUCUGUCGGAAAUCUGGGCAGCUUGUUCACUGAGCGAAUCAAGUGCACCGCACUUCUGGCAGCAAUUAUACACGACGUCGUAAGUGCUGCUGCAUCCUGGAUUGGGUCGCUAAUGUGCAGGAAUCUCACAGAAUUGUGCCAUCGAUUUCCAGGGUCACACAAGCUACAGCAACAAUUUCCACAUUACGGUCAACGACGACUUGGCCGUAAGAUAUGUGUACCGCUCUCCACUCGAGCACAUGCACUGUGCAUUGGCCUUCCAAUUGAUGAAGGAUCCGCAAUGCAACAUUCUACAAGGUCUCACAAAGAUCGAGCAGCACGAGGUCCGUAAUUUGAUCACUGACAUGGUCUUAGCCACCGACAACAGCGUUCAUUCCGCAUACUUGGGCAAGCUUGAAAACCUCGUGAGGAGGUAAGUCAGCAUCACAUCCAAGCUUGCAACGCAGCUGUGCCUUGACCAUAUUUGCAUCACUGCAGAGCAACUGAAGAAGGAUGGAAAGCUGCCGACCCAGAGGACGAUCGACUGGUGUUGCAGAUGGCAUUGCACGCGGCAGACGUGUCCAACCCGACUAAGUCGUUGCGCACCUACCUCAUCUGGACCGGGCGCAUUCAACAGGAAUUCUACGAGCAGGGCGACAAGGAGCGCGAGCUGCUGCUUCCCGUGAGUAUCGGAUACGAUCGCGAGCAGCCCAUUCCGCUGGAAAAGAUGCAGGCUGGCUUCAUUAUCGGCAUUGUGCGGCCGCUCUUCCUGUCGUUGAGUCACCUGCCCAGCGCUCGUCUGGAUCACUGCAUGGCACAACUGGACGCCAACCUGGCGCAUUGGCAGGACGAAAUCAACCGCAACCAGCCACCUCCGUCUCCUCCUAAGCCUGUAGUCUCUUCGAACGAAGCAGCAGACGCAGGCAUGCCCGUUGUCAUCGCCGUCGACAGCUCAUAGUGCGGCGAGCAUCCGUAGUCCAUAGGUAGGCUAAUUUAUGAGACCGACACUUUUACAAAACAAUAAUUCGUUUAACUCCGAAUGUGUUUUUAGCCA